AUGAGGGUCCUUGUAGCCGCCCUGGCUGUUCUGCUCCUUGUGGCCAUCUGCUCCCUAGCUGAGGCUGAUCUUGGAGUCUCCAGGAAUGCUGCACUUUUCCAGAAGGACAAAAGCAAACCCAUCUCCUGCUGCUUCGCCCACAUUACACGCCCCAUUCCACCCCGGAUAAUCCGCUCUGCCUACAGGACCAGCAGCAGCUGCCAAAUGCAAGCCGUGGUCCUGGUCACCAGGGACGGGAGAGAGGUGUGUGCAGACCCCAUGGCUCAUUGGGUGCAGAAAUACCUGAAGCACUUGGAGCUUCUGAAGCACUGA